UUGUAUGAUAUACGUGACAAUGUACCUACCGUUUAACCUUCAGACAAUAGAAGAAAUCUGAAUGGUACUGUGCAUACCAUCCACAUUUCCACUUUGUAAUUCUCAUUCAUUGCACGCGAGACAAAUCAAUUUCUAUAUUCACGAGCUUGACUUGCAUUUGUCUCCUCUACCAAUGACCUCGCGAAGAAAGAAAAACAGAACGAAAAAAUCAAAGUCUGUGGGUCGCACCACAGGCAUUUGUGUGGAGGUUUCCUAAAUUAAUCCAAUCCCUAACUCAAGAAAACAAAUCGUACACAUAGAAAUAAUGUUGGGUAUUUGGAAAAACCUUGAAUUGAUAUUUAUAUUUAGAAAUGGUCUGCGAGGGAAUUCCGAUGUGAGAUCGGUAGCAGUGAAACGGGUUUUCCGCGAUUCAUGCCACGCUGGCCAGCGUGUACUGUAGAUAAUGCAAUGGAUGGAGGCUGAGGGCAAUAAAUGAUGAGGAAUAUACUUUUAAUUGUAGAAUGUGUAUGGAUCUGCAGGGAUUGCUCAAGAUGCAAGAUUUAGGCGAUCCACUCUUUAAAUUGGUCAUGGCUAAUUUGUUCAACGAGGCCAUAAUUAAUGGCCCUUUUGGGGAAUUUUAAGGCAGAAUUUUGAUAUAGGAUGGGGAGGAUUUUGAUGGUUAUGCUUUGUAAGAGGCAAAUGUAAGUUUGUAGUGCUCCCUAGUGUCUGUGUCGAUAUGGGGCAAGAGAGCACACAGACGUUUGAGAUCAAUGGUGACAAUGGUAAUACGAUUAAUGGGGUGUGUGGUGCAAGCUUGCUUCAUGAGUUGCCCGAUGAUGUGUUGUCUCUUGUAUCCAAAGCACUGCAGCCCAGAGACUUGUGCAAUAUGAGCCUGAGUUGUAAGAGGUUGAACGUGAUGGUUAAUUCGGACAAGGUCUGGUGGCAACAAUGCCUGCAGGUAGCUGAGAAUGGUCCAGACAACCUGCAGGCUUGGAGGAAUUUUGUUUCCUCUUACAAAGUCAUUUGCAGGUUUCUUCUAGGAGUGAAACAUCUGAUAGGCAUUUGGGUGCACCAGAAUCCGGAGCUUGGCAACAUGGUGUAUGUUAUGUGGGGUUUUCUUUCAGUAGUUGGGUGUAGAAUUAUACCUCAGGAGCUGGGUUCUCAAGGGUUUGAGAGUGGUCUGCUAUGGGCACCGGUGUUUGAAGUUAUUUGCAACUGGGAUGGUUCUUUGGUCUUCUUUUUGCAUGGACGAGAAAAGGAUAAGGAUUAUUGCUAUCCUGGUUCUCUGAAGCCUGCAAAGGACGAUUGCAAUGUGUUGUUGCUGGAAGUUAAGCCGUUUCGGCAAUCUGUCUUGAAGGAAAAUCUGCCUCUCAUUCAAGACAGAAAAUGGUCGCCCCCUGAAAAUAUAGCAUCUUCAUCAGGUGAACCAUAUCUGAAUGGAACAACAUCUAGAUUAGGAUCAAAAAAAUUUAUGGGGCAGAGAAUUAUGGAAACCAAUUCGAUGCAACUAAGAAGUAAGGAUAGUGACUCCAUUCAAUUUAGUCGGUUAGGUUUUGGAGACAGGAGAAGAUUAUUGGAACUCGUUGCUCAUCGUGUGCGAUUGAAAGUGCCUCCUCCUGUCAGUGGUCCUUUGUUCCCUGGAGCAGGGAUUGGCAGUAGUCUAGACAAGGCAGAUGCUUCAAAGGAUUUGUUGCUUUUGUCAGAACGCAGGUCUCUUAUGAUUCUUAUGCAUAAACAUGGCGAUCCCAAUGGUAAGAAACCAUUUUCUGGAUCACAAUAUGAAGGUAUACAGUCAGAGAUUGCUUUGAAGAUUCUCUGUCAUGUGUCAGAAUCCCAGGAUUUGCAGGCAGCUAAAGAUAGUCAAGGAUUUGAUUCAGUCAAAGGAAAAAGCAUUUUACAGGGUCCGAGCACUUCAAGCACUAAAUGGACUGUGUCUGGUUGGGAACCAACAAAGAAACAGAGUUUUGCAAAGUUUAUUAAGGAGAGGAUGAAGCAGAUAAUUGGUGUGGGUGCAGGUAUACAGGAUGGUGAAAGAGGAAAUUCCUCUUGUAGUGGAGAUAAUAAGCGUGUGCAAUUGCAAGAGUUUUUAAAGUUAGGUGACACUGUGGGGCUCUGUCUCCAUGCAUCGUGUUUAAAGCUGUCUAUGUAUCGCGCAUGGCCGAUUAUGCAUGACAAUCGCUUUGCCUUGUACAAGAUGCCUGAGCAGAAACCUGAGAAAGGAAGAGAAUAUGCAGGACUUUGGGGUGGAACUUUUGGAUGGCCUCCAGGGCGACCACCUGAAGAUAAACCUGGUAAGGCUUUGUUUUUCCUACUACUCUCAUAUGAAAAAACAGAUGAAGGGUGGAUUCUGAUUGCAACCAAGAUACUGGAGGGUACCCACUAUGUUCUUCAUCCAAAUGGUUCUGCCAUGUUCACAGCCAGAGUGGAUGAGCUAUCUUCAGAAAGAUUUCCAUGGGAAGGUGAUAGGGAUGAUUCUCCAGUAGAAAUUGUUUGUGUAUACAAGGGAGAGGGUAUAGCCAAUGGAUAUGGAUUUCGGUAUCCUGGUUCAAAACCAGGCGAUCUGUUUGUGUGUCAGAAGGGCCUUUUAGCAUUUGUUUGGAGGGAAUCAAAAUCUGUAUUGACUCUUCAGAGGCUGGACCUGCAGGCAUUGUUAAGGGAUGGGGAGAGAGUGGCUACUUUACCUCCAGUUGCAAACUUUGCUUAUCUCACUAAGUCUUAUUCAAAUGUUUUUGCGGGUUAUUCUGGGUUAACAACUACUGGAUCUGCAACAAGGUCAAAGACAACCCCUUAGAAUAUAGCUGCGAUAUUUGUGAUGAGUAGUGCAUCGUUGGUGCUUUUCUUUUACCUGAUGCAGUUCACCAUUCUAUAAAUUAUAUUCUGAAAUAACCAACCUAGUCAAGAAAAAAGAAAAAAAAACUGGAGUUACUCUAUCAAUUUUACAUCUAGUUAUCUAUGUUGCAUUUAGCCGAUUAUCAAAAUAAAAAUUGGGAUCAUAAUAGCUCGUAUCUUUACCAAUAUGGUGGAGAUAUCCUUUUAUAUUCCCCAAAGAGGGUAGGAGAUUACAGGUAUCCUGUAGAAUGGGAUGACAUUCAAAUGUUUAUCCUUUGCUCGCUUUUUCAAGUGGUUUUGCUCUUUGUUACUGUUCUUUUGUCUUUUUUCACAAGGUGGUAUUAUCGUUCUCCAAUAAAGUACAUUAAGAGGAAUGGUUAGGGUGUUCUGGAAACAGAACUUUCUUUGUGUUACAUAAUAAUCAAGCACAAGCUAUAAUGUCAUGUCCUUUUUAUUGUCUAA